UGCUCGCUCGUCUUCGCCAGCAUCCGAAAAUGCCGAAGCAGAUUCAUGAGAUUAAAGACUUCCUGCUCACAGCCAGGCGGAAGGAUGCUCAGUCUGUGAAGAUCAAGAGGAGCAAAGAUGUUGUCAAGUUCAAGGUUAGGUGCUCAAAAUACCUCUACACCCUCUGUGUCUUUGACCCCGAGAAGGCCGACAAGUUGAAGCAAUCCCUUCCACCAGGUCUAAGUGUGCAAGACCUUUGAAGCUUUGGGAGUGUUGUAGCUCCUGGGAAGGGAUUUUGCUUGAGCUGUUUUCUGAAUAUUGUUUGAAAGACUUUUUUAAUGAGAUUUGAGGACUCUCAUUUGUAGUGAAAAUACUUAUGGUGAUCAAUACAUGCUUUAGGUGUUUGUAUCAGAUAAUUCUUUACUUCUUGAGUACAUUGAUCUUGAAGUUUGCAUUGUUGAUUAA